CGCCAUACCUAUGAAAGGUUGGGGGCUCUAAAGGAAUCUACCCAAAAAAAAGUUCAUUACCGUGCGGCGUACGCAGAAAAGAUAACACCCAGUUUCCAGCGAAGCAUCCAGUCCACACUCCGGGUUCGAUAAAGCUCGUCUCCGUCGUUAUAAAGCAGCUGUAGGUCUGAGGAAGAUCUUAGGGCUACUAUGGCGAGGUUGUUGGCUAAUAUGAUUUAUAAAGGCAUCGGGGCUUUCCCUGCUGCUCGGUCAACUGCAAUUGCCCCUAGAUCCUUCUACCCGGGAAACUUACUAUUUUCAACUAGCAUUCCCAGUGAUCCUGAUACACAUGAAGAUUUUAGACCUACGAGCAAGCUUGAGAGCACUGACCUGUCGUUGAAAGACAUUGUUGAGCAGGAUGUUAAAGAAAAUCCUGUAAUGAUUUACAUGAAAGGAGUGCCUGAUCUUCCUCGAUGUGGAUUCAGUGCACUAGCAGUGAGGGUUUUGAAAGAAUAUAAUGUUCCGCUAAGUGCUAGAAAUAUAUUAGAAGAACCUGAGUUGAAGAAUGCUGUAAAAGGCUUCAGGUAAUUUAUAGGUUAUUGCUGUUU